GUUAAUGAUCUGUCACAAUAUACAUAAAUAUUGCAGAAAUGGACGGUUAUUUCAAUGAUAGCCGAAAAUCCUCUUAACUUCUUGUUUUUAUUCCAGGGUCGUUUUUAAUGUGUUGUGUUAACUAUAAGGAGAAAGACAUGACUGAGUUAAGGAUGAGAGGAAGAGGAGCGGAUCCCGACAGCGUUAGUGGAAGCAUGGAGGCAGCUGGAGAGGACAGAUUGGGUCUGGCUGGAGGAGAGGGAGAUGGAGACCGAGAGUCUAACGCAGGCACUCCAGAAGUUCCUCCCUCCACAGUAGACAACACUCCACAGUUCCUCAACAAGGCUGUGGAGGGCCUCAACCCCAGAUGGAAGAACUGGCGGAUCCGAGGGGUUCUGUCUCUGGCCAUGAUAUCAGGAUUCUUUAUGGUCAUCUACCUGGGACCCACCAUGCUCAUAUUAGUGGUGAUGACCAUCCAGAUCAAGUGUUUUCAGGAGAUCAUUGAUAUCGGCUACAGAGUCUACCAUUCCUACGAGCUGCCCUGGUUCAGGACACUCAGCUGGUACUUCCUGAUUUGUGUGAAUUAUUUCUUCUACGGUGAGACGUUGGCGGAGUACUUUGGUGCGUUGGUUCAGAGAGAGGAUUCACUCCAGUUCCUGGUCCGAUACCAUCGCUUCAUCUCCUUCACUCUCUACCUGGCAGGUUUCUGCAUGUUUGUUCUGAGUCUAGUGACGAAACAUUACCGGCUGCAGUUUUAUAUGUUUGCGUGGACCCAUGUAACCCUCCUGAUCGUGGUUACACAGUCUCACCUAGUCAUUCAGAACCUGUUUGAAGGAAUGAUCUGGUUCAUCGUCCCCAUCUCCAUAGUGAUAUGCAAUGACAUAAUGGCCUACCUGUUUGGUUUCUUCUUUGGCAGAACGCCACUCAUUAAGCUGUCUCCUAAGAAGACGUGGGAGGGGUUUAUAGGAGGCUUCAUCUGGACCCUGGUCUGUGGCUUCAUACUGGCCUACCUGCUAGCUCAGUUCCAGUACUUUGUGUGUCCUGUGGAGUACAACAGCGAGACCAACCGCUUCACCGCGGACUGUGAACCCUCUGACAUCUUUGUGAUGCAACAGUACACAUUUCCCUUCGCUGUCCAGAACAUCCUCACAUGGAAAACGGUGAACCUGUACCCGUAUCAGAUCCACAGUGUGGUGCUCUCCACCUUCGCCUCUCUGAUUGGUCCCUUUGGAGGAUUCUUCGCCAGCGGCUUCAAGAGAGCGUUCCAGAUCAAAGACUUUGCAAACACCAUCCCUGGUCACGGAGGCAUCAUGGAUCGCUUCGACUGUCAGUAUCUGAUGGCUACCUUCACUCACGUUUACAUAGCCAGCUUCAUCAGAGGUCCCAACCCCAGCAAGGUGUUACAGCAGCUGUUGGUCCUCCAGCCAGAGCAGCAGCUCAGUAUCUUCAACGCCAUGCGAGAUCGCCUGAGAGACAGAGGAAUACUGCCCCCUGCUGCCAUGUAGUACACGCACACACACAGUGUGAGAGAGAGAGUGUGUGCGAGAGAAAUUGUCGUUUGGCUGCUUGUGUGUUACUAGAUUUACACAUCUAGUUUUUCUGGAUCUAUAUCAAGUAAUGCGCGAGGGAAAAAAUGGCACAGCAGCCAUUUUGGGACGGUUGUAGAUGACCACACAUAGCAAUCAUCUUUUUUUUGGUGAUUUCUACCUUCUUCCAGAAACUCUUCUGAACAACGACUGUUUUGUUUUUCUUGUUCUUUUAACCAGUCCUCAUUACUGUGAACUAAAGGUGUUGCUCCCAGCAACAAGAAGUUAGCUUUUACAAAUAACAACAAUACUUUCGCGACUUUACAUGUACCACUGGGACCUGCACGAGCACCUGCACCAACAAACUACAGUAAGCCAAUGUAAUGCUACCAUGCUAACUAGCGGCAGCAACAUUUUAAAGACUAAAGGCUGCGUUGCUCUGAAGAAACCAAAUUGGUCCUAGUUAAGACCGCAAUAUGGUUUGUUUCAUAACGUACUGUAGGGGACAGUGACUGGCGGUCACCCUGUGGAUGGAUGGAGAUUAUUACAGUGAUUUUAUCCGAACUGAAGGAAGACACAGGGCAAAUCAAGGAUAGCAGUUUAUCCUGGGUUGGUGUUGGCUUGGAGCAACAGCAGGGUCUUAUUCACUAGACACCAAACCGAAGAAAACGGACCGGAACAGGGAGGUACUGACCUGAAUUUGUCCAAUUAGAAACGUCUGUUUUCUGUUGCAUAAUGUUUUGCUAAAGUGUGCACUGAUGAACGUUUUUGGGCGCUGCCCUAAUAUGUUGAAGAUACUAAACACACUUGACUUGGGCAUGGUGUUUAUUUAAUAAUAGUAUGUUAUAGGGGCGGCAGGGUAGCCUAGUGGUUAGAGCGUUGGACUAGUAACCGAAAGGUUGCAAGUUCGAAUCCCUGAGCUGACAAGGUACAAAUCUGUCGUUCUGCCCCUGAACAUGCAGUUAACCCACUGUUCCCAGGCCGUCAUUGGAAAUAAGAAUUUGUUCUUAACUGACUUGCCUAGUAAAAAAAUAAUAAUAAUAAAUCUGUCUAUAUCAGCACGUCAGCAUGACGUAUACAACAAUAAUACGAUCUAAAACGUUUAAGCAUGUUCCUAAGUCCCUGUCGUUCAUUACAACUGAAAUAAGCUGAUUUUCUUCUGAAGUAGUUUUAGUUUCUAGAUUGACCUACUGUUAGGUAUUGGAACUUCACCUCACAGCUAUAUACACACUACCAUUCAGAGGUUUUACAACACCUAGACAUUCAAGGGUUUUUCUUUAUUUGUACUAUUUUCUACAUUGUAGAAUAAUAGUGUGAAGACAUCAAAACUAUGAAAAUAACAACAGUAAUCAAAAAAAUGUGUUAAACAAAUCAAAAUAUAAUUUAUAUUUGAGAUUCUUCAAAGUAGCCACCCAGUGCCUUGAUGACAGCUUUGCACACUAUUGGCAUUCUCUCAACCAGCUUCAUGAGGUAGUCACCUGGAAUGCAUUUCAAUUAACAGGUGUGUCUUGUUAAAAGUUCAUUUGUGGAAUUACUUUCCUUAAUGCAUUUUAGCCAAUCAGUUGUGUUGUAACAAGGUAGAGGUGGUAUACAGAAGAUGGCCCUAUUUGGUAAAAGACUAAGUCCAUAUUAUGGCAAGAACAGCUCAAAUAAGCAAAGAAAAACAACAGUCCAUAAUUACUUUAAGACAUGAAGGUCAGUCAAUCCGGAACAUUUUGAGAACUUUGUAAGUUUCUUCAAGUGCAGUCAACUGUUCAGAGGAGACUGAGUGAAUCGGACCUUCAUGGUCGAAUUUCUGCAACAACAAAAAAACACUACGAAAGGACACUGAUAAGAAGAAGAGACCUGCUUGGGCCAAGAAACAAGAGCAAUGGACAUUAAACCAGUGGAAAUCUGUCCUUUGGUCUGAUGAGUCCAAAUUUUAGGUUUUUGGUUCCAACCACCGUGUCUUUGUGAGACGCAGAGUAGGUGAACGGAUGAUCUCUGCAUGUGUGGUUCUCAUUGUGAAGCAUGGAGGAGGUGGUGUGAUGGUGCUUUUGCUGGUGACAGUCUGUGAUUUACUUAGAAUUCAAGGCACACUUAACCACCAUGGCUACCACAGCAUUCUCCAGUGAAACGCCAUCCCAUCUGGUUUGCUCUUAGUGGGACUAUCAUUUGUUUUUAAACAGGACAAUGACCCAAUACACCUACAGGCUGUGUAAGGGCUAUUUGACCAAGAAGGAGAGUGAUGGAGUGCUGCAUCAGAUGACCUGGUCUCCACAAUCACCCGACCUCAACCCAGUUGAAAUGGUUUUGGAUGAGUUUAACCACAAAGUGAAGGAAAAGCAGCCAACAAGUGCUCAGCAUAUGUGGGAACUCCUUCAAGACUGUUGGAAAAGCAUUCCAGGUGAAUCUGGUUGAGAGAACACCAAUAGUGUGCAAAGCGUCCUUCAAAGCAAAGGGUGGCUAUUUUGAAGAAUCUAAAAUAAAAUAUAUUUUGGUUACAACAUGAUUCCAUAUGUGUUAUUUCCUAGUUUUGAUGUCUUCACUGUUAUUUUACAAUGUAGGAAAUAGUCAAAAUAAAGAAAAAUCCUUAAAUGAGUAGGUGUGUCCAAACUUUUGACUGGUAGUGCAUUUCUAGGUAUGGAUCACUGUAAACAAAUGCAGAAAAAUUACAGUAAUUUUCAAAAUAAUUAGCUAAAUUUCCCGAAAUCCUAGUUGUAAUAUUCCCCAAAAAUCAGGAGGGAAUAAGCAAGAAAUCCAAUAUCCUCCAACUCUGGGAAUUUGGGGAAAGUUACUGGAAUUUGGCAACUAUAGCAACCAGCACACACUAUUACACUGUGUACAUAUCUCCAAUGUAUUACUGUAUAUCAUAUUUAUCUGAACAAAGACCUAAUAUCAAAUCUUUAAACUAUGAAAACUAUAUGCAAAAUAAACAUACAAUGGGACGUUAUUAUUUAUCUGUAGCAAUAGCAUUAAUGAACUGUGGUUGAAUAGGUAGCUAGGUGGGGAGGGGAUAUAAACCUUUUUUUGGGUGGGGGGGGCAUCUAUUAACAUAUAAGGUGAACUGGUGGCUGCUGACGUGAGAAUGUCUGGGGUAACUUAAACUUGAGAUUGUGAAAGAUAUCGUUUUUUUGCUACCUUUUUCGGUCUAGCCUUAUUAACCAAUUAUUUUAGUUGCACUAUAGUUGAUUGUCCAUCUCUCUUCAGCUGACCUGAACCAUUCAACUGUUCCAAUAUUCCUAUUUCCUUCCUUCUUACCAGACUCGAUCUUUUGUAAAAGAAAUUGUAGAAAAUAACAUUUUAGAAGUCUACUUAUUUGUUGUAUUGCUCUUAAAGGGGUUGGUAUUGAGAGAAUUCAAGAUAUUUUGGUAACAUUUCAUGUUAUGAUUGCGAUGUGAGGCAAAUUACAGUGCGUGUACACACAUACACUCAGUGGCCAGUUUAUUAGGUACACCACCCCGUUCACAUAAAUGCUUUGCUCUUCCAGUGAGUCAAGUGGAUGUGGUUUGCUAUAUAAAGGAAUCAGACAGGCAUCGAGACAUUCAGUUACUGUUCCAUUGACCGUUAGAAUGGGGGAAAACUAGUGACCCAAGUGACUGGGCGUGGUGCGUUCGUCGGUUCCAGGAUCUCAGAAACGGCCGGCCGGCCUCACGACAGUCAGCGGGAGUCCUGCGGACGAAAACAGCUUUGUCGAAGGAGAAUGGCAAGAAUCGUGCAAGCGAACAGGCGGGCAACAAACAGGCACAGUAUAACAGUGGUGUGCUGAACGACAUCUUGCAACGCACAACUCUUCGGACCGGGUUCCACUCCUAUCAGCUAAAAACAAGAAGAAGAAGAAGCAGCUCCACUGGACAACUGAAGAGUGGAAAAAUAUCACCUGGUCUGACACAUCCCAGUUCCUGUUGCAUCAUGCUGAUGGCAGAGUCAGGAUUUAGCGUAAGCAGCAUGAUGGCCCCAUCCUGCCUGGUGUCAACGGUACAGACUGGUGGUGGUGAUGUCAGGAAUGUUUUUCUGGCACAUGUUAGGUCCCUUGAUACCAAUUUGAGCAAAGUUUCCAUGUCCUGAAUAAUUCAGGCUGUUCUGGAUGCAAAGGGGAGUCCAACCUGGUACUAGAUGGGUGUACCUAAUAAACUGGAAGCUGAGUGUAUAUGAAAUAUAUUAUAUUCAGAAGAGUAGCUGUAUCUUUCAGAAAUGUGGUUGCUUUUGAAUCUAUAAAGGCAUAUGGAUGGGGCUUCUGUGUUAGGCUGGUAUUCAAUCAAAGGCCAGUACCGGAAAAUCUGCACUGUGGCAAAACAUUACCACCUUGCUGGAACAUGAAAGUCGUGAUUUGAUAAACAAUGUUUACUGGUUGAAAAAUAAUCAGGAAACAAACUCUCACUCGUUUGAAUGAUUCAAAGAAAGGGUCCUUUUUUUUGUUGUUGUUGCAUUGGAGAGAGAAAAAAAAUGUAUCUGGUGUCUUUUGAUUGAUUUGAAGCCAAACCUUCAUCUGUUCUGAUUAGCAGAGAGAGAGAGUUCCAGAAAGGUUUACCAAAGCACGUUCUGAAACACUUCCUUGGGUUUUUACUUAUUUAUUUCCUCCAGAUAUAUUUUUGUUCUUCCUGGUUUCUUUCUCAUGUUGAAAUAACUGCUCUCUUCUGUGGAUUUGUGGAACUAGUUCUGUACUGUAGAAUUGUGGUGUCACUUCUAAAGUCCUCCCCAUGGCCAAACGGCUUCUCUCUCUAUUGGUUCCUGCUUGGGAUUAGAUUUUUAUAGAUUGUUUCUGUAUGGAUGUUUUAACUGUCCACUCGCUUAUUAAAACACAUGCACGUGGAUAAUAGAAAGUUCUUGGUUUGGCCCCAUACGAGAAACCCUUUUUAUGCUUCUAGGUAGAACCUUUUUGGUGGUGUGAAAGGUACUACCACGUAGAACAUUGCAUUAGUGAAAGGAAAGUGUUAUUUUUCAGAGGGUUCUCCUAUGAGGGAACAAUGUGAAGAACCCUUUUAUGGUUCUAGGUAGAGCUGCCUUUUAAGAGGGUACAGCAUGUGGUGUUCAACACAACCCAGUCUGACCAAAAGUGGCGCUAUCCAAGGUAAAGAUGUGGUCGAGGUGUAUGAGACUUAAGGUGUGAAAUGGCUGCAGUUAAAAUGAGGUUUAAGUUGGUGUGGUUUUAGUUAUGUUGUGAUAAUAUAUAAGCAUAUAUACUGUUGGCAACACGGUAGUAUUACAAUGAACACGACCUAAAAGUGCAAGUCCGAUAACCUAAAUACCAGGUAUUAUGCAAAAGUUUUGGGGUCUCAUGUCUUUAUCUUUUGACUCUUUUUCGUUUUGUUUUGAUUGCUUAUGCAGAAUUUGUUUUCUAAUAAAUCUAUAGCUUUUUGAAGUGGGGUAAGAUUGAAAAGUUGACGUUGUAUUGUGAAAGAGUUAAGAUAAUAUAUACACAUACACAGUUCUGUCUAAAAGCAUAGUGUGAAUAUAAUUAGUUACAUUGUGAUUCUGUAUGGAGGUGAAUAAAUUCUUAUUUUUUCCCCUUUACAAAAAUAUA